AUGAAGAGAAAUCUCGACUCAUUUCUCAAGGAACACUAUUCGUUGACUUCCAGCUCGGUCACGACCCAAAGCGCGCCCUCUCCCAAAGUCAAAGUCAAAGUUCCUGGACCGCCUGCCAAGGUUCUCAAGUCCAACAUGGUGACCACCACCGUUCAACUCACCAGCAAGGAGCAGCAGCUCCGCCGUCUGCUUCUUGAUGUUGCCAAGGACAUAGACGAGUCCGGAAAAGCUCCAGAGCCUAUUGUUCUCCGUUGGGCCGGUGGCUGGGUACGCGACAAGCUACUCGAUAUCCAGAGCCAUGACAUAGACGUGGCCAUCAACGCCAUGACUGGGGUUCCCUUUGCUCAAGCUAUGUGCGAUUACUGUGAAAGACCAGAAGCCAUGUCAAAGCACAGCAUUGGCCCCGCAGAUAUCGGAAGCCUCCACAACGUUGCGCGCAACCCUGAGAAGUCUAAGCAUCUGGAAACGGCCAUGGUCAAGAUGUUUGGCCUGGAUCUCGAUUUCGUCAACCUCAGAAAGGAAACCUACACCGAAGACAGUCGAAACCCUCAAAUGGAAUUCGGUACAGCUGAAGAGGACGCUCGCCGUCGCGAUGCCACCGUGAACGCACUCUUCUACAACUUACACGACGAUCGUGUUGAAGAUUUUACAGGGGGGCUUGCAGAUAUGGAAGCCAAAGUAAUCAGAACCCCUUUGGAGCCCUUCAAGACCUUCAUGGACGACCCUUUGAGGGUUUUGAGACUUGUUCGUUUCGCCAGCCGGCUGCAAUUCACAAUUGACGCCAGCACGCGCAGAUUCAUGGCAGACCCAAAGGUCCUUGAGGCAUUGCGCGCCAAGAUCAGUCGAGAGCGAAUUGGCGUAGAGUUGGAGAAAAUGCUCAAAGGAGAUCACCCUUUUGACGCACUUCAACUCGUCCAUGAACUACGACUCUUCCAUACAAUCUUUACCGACCCAACCCAGGAGAGCCUCCCAGUCCCCGACAUAUCGCGCUGGGCUGUUGCUUAUACUUGUCUUGAUGAGCUUCUGAACGAUCGAGACUCGACUUCCGUCGCUGGCCGACUAAUUACAUCCACGGAUGCCACCUACUCCGCUUGGAACCUUGCCGCUCUCUCUCCAUGGAUGACGGUUGAAGAGCCUCCGAAUCCUCGCAGGAAAGCAAACGCUCUCCCUCUCGUGGCCAUUGUCUCGCGCGAAGGCUUCAAAGCCCCAAAUCGACUUUCUAGUAUUGUUGCUGCUUCGCAUCGCAAUCGUGACGAAAUUUUGAAGUUGAAACGCGCCGUCUGCAAUGGAGAGUCGUACAUCCACGAACGAGAUCGUUUCGGCAUGGCAAUCAGGAAGUGGGACACGCCCGCUGGUACCUGGAGACUGCAGGUUUUGAACGCACUACUCGUCGAGGCCUUGGAAACCCUCACAGCAUGGCGCCAAGAAGCGUCAGCAGAACAAAGUAACUUCUUAGCAGGCUGGAAGAGUUUCCUCGACCACCUCGCCAAGUUAGACGUCUAUGAGGUCACGACACUCGAAAAGCUUCUUGAUGGCGGAAAGCUCGCCAAAGCACUUGGUGGUAUCAAACCGGGGAAAUGGACAGGUCCGGCUCUAGAUGUCUGUGUUGCAUGGCAACUUCGCAACCCUGGCGAAACAGACCCAACAGGUGCGAUAGAAGAAAACCUUCGCCGAUCCGUUCUCAGUGUAAUCAACCAUGCCUCGUCUUCAGAGGACAACUUGGACCAGAGCCAAUUAUUGAGGCUUGUGGCAGUCGUCAGUGAGAAAGCAUUGACGUUGAGGAGCGUUGAAGAACACUCGGAACUCCUCACAGAAGCAGCUGUUGCCAGUAUCAGUGUCUUGUGCUCGAAAUAUCGCAUUAUUCUGGACCAGAUUACUCUCGUGAAGCUCACAGCUGUUACUGAUCCCCAGGACCCAUGGACAACUGCACAAGCUGCAGCUGCAGCCUCAAAACUUUUGUCCAAACACCUUGAAGGUGAAAGUCUGAACGAGUUUAUCACCAACACGGUCCUUCAGAAGCAUUUGAAGCCAUUGUUUAUGAAAUCGUCCUCGCGAAUCACGGCUUCAGGACGGCCCUCCCAGUAUGACAUGAUUGACGAUCGGUCCCGACCCGUGAUUGAGGUGCAAUCAUGGAGAACUCAGGCCCCGUGGGCAGAGGCUACAAUACAAUGGACAGUAAACAUGUCUACGACGUCCCUCGUUAAACAGCACUGGCCGCUUUUCUUACCAGUGCUGUUGGCGCUGGUGGAGAACGAGUCUACCAAGACCAAGUCCAGAGGUUUAAGGACCACGAGGGAAUUCAUCAACAGAUGUCCAGCUCAAGUAUUGCAAAACACAGGUAUAGGCCGUGUAUUUGCAGACGUCGCAUUCCCGCUCCUGCUCCAUCUCCCCAGCGUCACACCAGAGGAUGAGUCUACGACCAUACUCAUACCGGCUUACGACAUGCUUAUCAAGCUGGCCCAGUCCACCGGCGAUACCAACAGUAUUGAGCGUCGCCGAUUAUUUGACAAGAUCCUCAGAGAUGGAGUAUUCGCAGGCUAUUUCCAUGCUUCUCAGCACACUCGAAUUGUCCAAGCUCUGUUACAGAAGGCGACAGCAGUAAUCAAUAGUCUGGGUAUUUAUACAACCAAACAUCUGAUUCCUCUUCUCUCAAUGGUAUCAUUAGUCAUGACAGACCCCUUUGCAGUCUCAUAUCCUCCAACCCUGAUAGCGGCGACGCAAACCAUGAGCGCCGUUAUUACUAAUUCAUGGCCUCGUAUCCGAGAAACUGAGCAUAUGGAGAAUGUUGCCCGAAUUCUGUCAUUAUGUUGGUUAAACGUCUCUGAGGAGAUUGAGCAUGGGGCAUCUCGGACUUCAGCUGAUAUCAACACGUUGUUACGAGAGUUAGCACACGCAGCUCGAAUUCUUCAGGCACUUUGGGCACAUGAUGCCUCUAACUGUCCCGCGAAGCUGACUGAAGCCUUGAAGCAAGAACCGCGGCUGUCUCAUCUCUUCCCAAAAAUGCUGGCGUGA